CUUCUUCUCUUUCUACUCUCACUGCUGCUGCAAAUGGAUUCUGUACAGAUCCAAAAAAAAUUCUUCAAUCUUUCUCGUUUCUAUCAAAUCAAUGUUUAUUUUAGGGUUUCACGAUCGAAUCGUUGUUGUGUUUGAUUACGCUUUUCUAUCUCCAUGUUUGAUUUGUUGAUUAUUUACCAGAUCUAGAUGAAUAAUCAUAUUUUUUGUUCAUUUCAUUGUUAGAUUUACUUAUACCACUUCCAUUUUGUUGGUUUUAGAUGUGUUUCAGUUUGUUUUUGUAUAUGAAGCAACAGUACGUACAUCCCGUACUGACAGAAACUCAAUUUAUUAAGAAGAAGAAGAAGAUGAUGAUGAUGCAUCGUUAUGAUUUACGACGAGAAGAUUUGUUUGUGUUUCCGGGUUCAAAGUGAUCAUUUUGAUGAGUUUUUCGCCCCUGAGUUGGACAAACAUGGUUAUCAAGCUCUUUACAAGAAGAAGACAACAGGGGUUUACAUCGGGACUUAUGCUAUCUAUGGUUGUGCAACAUUUUUCCGAAGGGACAGAUUUUCCCAUGUGAAGAAAUACGAGGUCGAAUUCAACAAGGCUGCUCAGUCACUGACAGAUGUUGUGGUCCCAAUCACUCAGAAGAAAGCUGCUUUGUCUCGACUUCUUAAGGAUAAUGUUGCGCUAAUAGCGGUUCUGGAAGCAAAAUUUAGCAACCACGGAGCCGAUACUCCUGGAAAGCGGCAGGUUCUUUGUGUGUUCAACAGAUACAUACUCGAAUUCGUAAGCAGCAGAUAUAUACUCGAAUUUGUAAGCAGUUUAGCGGAUACGUGUUCUAUUUGUAAGCAGCGCGACAGAUAUGUACUCAGAUUUGUAAGUAGUGUAGCAGAUAUGUAUUCGAAUUUAUAAGCAGUGUAGCAGAUAUGUACUCGAAUUUAUAAUCAGUGUAACAGAUAUGUACUCAAUAUAAUGAAUGUGUAAACACACACGUUUGGUAACAAUGGGUAUUAUGGUCA